AUGUGUGGGGUGAGAGAUAUAGUAGUAAAAUUUAUUUAUUUUGUUUUCAGUCAAUCGAAUGAAUAUUAUCUUAUCGAUUGGAUGUCAUCUGCAGUUACAGGAGAAAAGUGUCAAUACUCUGGAACAAUUUCAAAUGCAUCAAAAUUUGUUUUAACCGGAUUAGUUAAUGCAGAAAAUCCUGAUGAAAAUCUAGUUUUAAUUAAAUGUUCGUAUAUCGAUGAUAUAAUGAGUCUUGUCAAGUGUUUUCUAUUAGAUCAAUGUGAUGAAAUGAACAAACGUACAUUAGCUGCUUAUGUUAAUGAAUUCUAUAUAAGUAGAGUUAUUCAAUGGUGGGAUAAUUAUUUGGUACAACAUUAUUCAAGAAUUGCAGAUAUAUUUAAAAAAUUAGAAGAUUUUCGUGAAGAUAUUAAACCAGACGAUUUAUACAAAUUUUUACAUAGUGCUAAAGAAUAUUUAUUCGAAAAUGUAUUUAAAUGA